UGCAUUAUUUUUGUUGCUUGAUUGACGAAUGUAACAACCAAAAAUCUGAACUCUUGAUCAUCAGACCGUUUCGCUGGAAAAAUCAACUGGAAAAAAGUGUUGCACACUUUCUGCAAGGAAGCUACGCAUAUCAUGGGCUGAUUCAACAACUUACUGGCAAUGGUGGCUAGCCGAGGAUUUCUUGCCUAGAUCGAGGUUUGCUGAAGUAGCAAGGCUUCUAUAUGUUUGUUGGUUUGAAAUAAAAGGGGAAAUCAAAACAUCGAUGCUGUCACCAAACACCAAGUAUGGUGCAUACCUUGUGUUCCAUGUUAGUAGCAGCGCAUGGAAUUUCUAUGAUUAUCCCGUGGACGCUGUUAUCGAAACUUCCGGAGGCCAAGUGGUGACCGGGAGGGUCUAUUUAGACCCUCGUCGUGGAGGUAUAGUCGACGAGGGUUAUGAAUUAGUUCCAUUAGCUGGUGCUGAGGACCCAGAAGAGGGUGUUAACCUUCCGAAGCUGAGGGUUGAUGAGUGGAUUGAGGUUGAAAUUGGGGAGUUUUUUACUGGGGAUAAAGAUGAACUUGUCACGUUUUCGCUAAUGGAGAUUUUAACUGGGGCUUUGAAAGGUGGUUUAGUUAUUGAAGGAAUUGAGAUUAGGCCAGUGAUUGAGUAAUGGUUUUGAAAUCCAAAUUAAUGUACCAAUGAACAGAUGAUGCAUUGGUUUCAAUAAUAAUUCUGAUAAACAAUAUGUAACUUGAUUAGUUUUUAAUUA